AACUGAGAACGGUUGUCAGCUUUUCUCCGGCGUGGCACGGAGUCUUCAGACCACUCCGUGCCUUGCAAGGAUCCACUCGUCUCCUGGCGGUGUCGCAGCAGCCGGGGACUGUAUCUGUGACGACAUUCCUUCAUUCCCUCUUACUGAAGCUGCUAGUCCCACAUAGCCGGCAAUAUGCACACCCCUAAGUCCCUGCUGGUGGCCGUCUGCCUUGUUUGCCUCACGCCUGUACUCGUAUCAGCUGACGGAGACACUGACGGGGAAGUGAUGAAAGCGGAGGCGAGAUACGUUACAAAUGACGAGAAAGGUUUCGGCAAGUUGCAAUUCGCUCUGCCUAUAGCUGCUCACGGCGCGGUUAUUGUGGCUAUUGUUGUGUUCUUCCGGGAGCUCGCUCUCGGCAUUGCCGACCGCCUGGACUCCGAGUACGAAUAUGAUUACGAGUAUGACUACUUCCCGGGGCCCAUCCAGAGGCACGACGUCCCACAGCUAGGGUAUCAGGGUAGCCCAGGCCGUCGCCGCCCAGCCCGCGACACCCAGGCCAGUAUGCUAACCCGCCUCACCGACAUCAUCGACCCCGUGGAAGCGACCUUCUCCAUGCUGCAGGUGAAUGACAUGUCCUGCAGGCAGCGCGUGAUCUGUGAGGUACAGCGCUCCGCCUCCGCCGUGCCCAUCAUCGGCUCCUUCCUCCAGCAGCUCAGCACGUCCAUCCCCGGCCUACACCAUUACAGAGAAGCACAGUACGCAGGCGCAGCUCUCGAGGAUUGCGCUCUCCUCUUCGCUGGCUGCCCUGAAGAUGCUUUGGUCGAAAACUGAAGCCCUCCACCUCCCUCUCUCGUGCUAAGGAAACUGUUAUGUUGAUUAUUGUUAUUGUUUUUGUGUGUCUGAUGACUAAUGAUGGUAUGAGUGAGUGUGUGAGUUUGCGUUCGUAUAUGUACACAGAUAGAUAGACGGAAAUGUUUAGAUAGACAGAUAGAUAGAUAGAAUGACAGAUACAGACACAGACACAGACAGAGACACAGAAAGGAAACAGCGACUGAUAGACAGACAGACAUACGGAUAUCAAAUAGAAAACGAAAAGAAAUGAUUACGUUGAUAUACAAAAAGACAAGACAACUAGAAGAAGAUUUAUGUACAGACAAACAGAUAGACAGACAGACAGACAGACAGACGAACAUACAGACAGACGAAAAAAGUAAAAUGGACAGAGACAAUGAUACAGAAAGAAUAAAAGACAAACAGACAAACACGUAUAGACAGAC